AAUCAAAGACUUGUAAAGCCGCUGGGUGGAGAGGAUAAGUCAUUGUCGGCGGUUUGUUUUUGGGUUUGUCAGGAAUUCCGUUAGAUUUGCGUAGAACUGAACAAGAUUUGAUCUUUAUUGGUUUGGGAGGCCUAUAUUUACUGCAUUGAAUCUCUUCCGAUCUUUAAUCAGCCGCCGAGUACGACCAAACUGAGCACUUGGGUUGAAAUUUCUAUUCCAAUUCGCAUCUGGGUGUUCAAAUUUCGAUCGUAUUUGGUCGAGAUUUGAGGAUUUCCAUGUUUGGUAUACGAUCUUGUCGUUAAAUUAGAAGAAUCUGCCAAAUAUGGCAGAAGAAUAGGAAAAAGAUAUUUCCUGGUGUCGGAACAGCCGUUUUAUAUGGUAAUAUUUGCAGUUUGAUUGUGGAAGAUCAGCCGGAUUUGGAUUUGGGCGUUCUGAAAUCAGAUCAGUUAAGAAAGUUCAUCAAAGAGAGAUUUUGCAGUGAGAUCUGUAAGAUUGAAAGCCACAUUGUUUGGUUGUAUAUUCUUUCAAGUGUGAUCUGGGAAAAAAUGGGGGAGAGUAAGAAUGAUUCAGAAGAUGAGGGCAGCAAAUCUGAAUUUCAUGUCCUUGCUGUUGAUGAUAGUAUCAUUGAUAGAAAAAUCAUUGAAGGGCUGUUGAGAAGAUCUUCUUAUCAAGUGACCGCUGUCAACAGUGUGAGAAAAGCUCUGGAAUUCCUUGGUUUGGAAGAUGAUGACCAAGGCCUGAAUGCUGAUAAUGCUAGGGUGAAUAUGAUAAUUACAGACUAUUGUAUGCCAGGGCUGACUGGCUAUGACUUGCUCAGAAGGGUAAAGGAGUCACCAACACUGAAGGACAUUCCUGUGGUGAUCAUGUCUUCAGAAAAUGUGGAGUCUAGAAGAAACAGGUGUUUGUCAGAAGGGGCAGAAGAAUUCUUAUUGAAGCCUGUGCAAUUGUCAGACAUUAGGAACCUCAGAUCACACAUGUUCAACUGGAGAUCAUCUCCCAGGGCCACUUCAUCCAAAAGGAAAAACAUUUCUGACAACAGCCUUUCUCCACAAGCAGAUAGAAGACCCAGGCUCAGUGGAUUGACAGUUGCCUGAAAUAUGGCAGUUUUGAAUCCAUUGGGGAAAGAACACAUCAUUUUAAGAACAGAUUAGAUUGUGUUGAAAUAUGGGAGUUUUGAAUCCAUUUGGAAAGAACAUAUCAUUUCAAGAACAGAUCAGAUUGCAUUGAAAUAUGGCAGUUUUGAAUCCAUUUGGAAAGAAAACAUAUCAUUUCAAAAACAGAUCAAAAUCAAUUCAGCAUUACAAAUGUGCGGUGGCUCCAAAGAAAUUGUUCUUCAGUUUUGCCAUAAAAAAUAAUUCUAUGCAUUUAUUCAUGGCUAAAGGAUAUAAAAACAUAUGUGCAUAUUUUCUCUUUAAUUUACACUGCACAAUGGCCAUGUCUUCUAGUGAA